CAAGCCUCGAUUUAUUUUAGGACAGAUCCGAUCUAUUUCUCUUCAUCACAUUCUGAACCGGAUGCGUUUAUACAGGCUUCCCAUCUCUCUUACAGUUCGGUCAGCCAUUAAACCCCGCCCCUCAUUUAGCAACAAGAACAUCGGCUUUCUUUCGCAAGCACUUUCUGGUACCGCCACGCGAGCAUUUCACCAAUCUCCGGCCUCCUCUUUUCUCACUAAGAUGACUGUUCCCAAUGGCACCAACCCCGGGAAACCGGUCCUAUUCUUCGACAUUGACAACUGUCUCUACCCAAGGAGUAGCAAAGUACAGGAUCUCAUGGCGGAGUUGAUUGACAAGUACUUUGAAGAGCAUCUCAACCUCCCCUGGGACGAUGCUGUCAAACUACACCAGGAGUACUACAAAAACUAUGGUCUGGCCAUCGAAGGACUGGUCCGUCACCACCAGAUUGACCCUCUGGAGUACAACACCAAGGUCGACGACGCUCUGCCCCUGGAGGGAAUCAUCAAGCCCAACCCAGAGCUGCGUCAGCUGCUCGAGGAUAUCGACAGAAGCAAGGUGAAGGUAUGGCUUCUCACGAAUGCGUAUGUCACCCACGGCAAGCGAGUCGUCAAGUUGCUCGGCAUUGACGACCUCUUUGAGGGUCUUACAUUCUGCGACUACGCCGAGAUGCCCCUGGUCUGCAAGCCUCACCCAGACAUGUACCGAAAAGCUAUGAAACACGCUGGCGUGGAAAGAGUGGAAGACUGUUAUUUUGUUGAUGACAGUUUUGCAAACUGUGCCGCUGCAAAGAAGUUGGGCUGGACGGCAGCGCACUUGGUGGAAGAAGAUGUCCCACAACCAGAAGUCCAAGCAUCACAGUAUCAGAUCCGCCACUUGCGAGAGCUGCGACAAGUCUAUCCCCAAUUUUUCAAGAGCUCCUAAAGAGUGUAAAGCCAUUUGCUUAGAGGGUUGUACCCUGGAUGGUAUAGAUAGAAGCGGCGCUGAGAGUUACAAUUUACUAGAAGAGGAGGGAGAUGUCGUUAUAGCUUACAUAGAUGAAUUCAAGAUUUAUAUGUAGAUACCAUGCGAAUAUCUU